AUGAGUUCUCAAUUUGAGUUUUUGAAAACAGAAACGCAAUUCAAAGCGAUUUUUCAAGAAGACCCGCGGAAAAAAUAUGGACAGAUGAGUGUUACUGUUUUGAAUAGUCAGGACGAAGAGCUUUUCCAAAUCAGUGGAAAGGUCAAUCAUAAAGGCUGUUGCGAUUUCGAAGUGCAAUAUUCGGCCACUCAUCCUUCUCUUGGAAAUGCUUUGAAAACUGAGACUUUGGAGAAAGGCCAAUGGUGCGGUUUCUGCUUUUGCUUGAAUGAAGUUUGCAUCGGUGUUUUUGCCGGACAAGAGCAUCUUGGAAGCUUCAGGCAGGUUUUUGGAUGCAAUCCUCAUGCUCAACUGUUGGAUAACAAGUCGAAUGUGGUUUUUGAUAUCAGCCGACCAAAACGAUCUGGAAAAAAUGCUCAACAAAUUCUCUUCUCAAGCAAGGUUGAUGGGGAGGAAGGUGCGACUCUUGACAGCCAAAUUGAAUAUAUUUCUGAUGGUGGAUUUUUAUCAAUUGUAAAAGACAUCAACUACAAAGCAACAAUGACCUUUCCCGUGGAUCUUUCAAUUCCUAUCAAACUCUGUUUGCUUAUGCGAACUGCCAUAAGAGUGAACGAAAUUUAUGAAGAGACCAACAACAGGUCCAGUGGUGGCGAUUGA